UUAUUAUGGAAAUCUCUCGCCUCACAACUAUAUUGGGCAGAACCGAAACUACAAUUCCCAGGCUUCCAAUUACUUGCAGUUACCUCGUAAGGAAAGUCUCUAACCGAGAAUUGGCUGCCUCAAAGCGACCUCAAGACACAGCCAGGGUCAAGUUAUAAAAGGGACCGAACUUUAACCUCUAGCGGGACAGAAGCGAAACAAUAGCAGAGUGCGGAAGAUGUGUGCCGCGGUAGCCAAGCCACUCCUCUAUACUUAUUUUAGAAGCUCCUGCACCUGGAGAGUGCGAAUUGCACUGGCUCUGAAGGGCAUUGCCUAUGAUCCAGCCCCUGUGAAUCUUGUGAAGGAUGGAGGGCAGCAGCUUUCUCCAGAAUUCCAAGCAGUGAAUCCAAUGAAGCAAGUCCCUGCUCUCAAAAUUGAUGGCGUCACUCUAUCACAGUCGCUGGCCAUAAUAGAGUAUCUGGAGGAGACAAGACCAAAUCCUAGGAUUCUCCCUCAGGAUCCUAAGAAGAGAGCUCAGGUCCGGAUGAUCUCAGAGCAUAUUGCAUCUGGAAUUCAACCCUUGCAGAACUUAAGUGUCCUUCAGCAAAUGGGAGACAAGAAGGUAGACUGGGCACAACGCAGCAUUUCUAGUGGCUUUGAAGCUUUGGAACGGAUUCUGCAAGAAACAGCUGGACGCUACUGUGUUGGGGAUGAGGUGACCAUGGCUGAUUUGUGCUUGGUCCCCCAAGUAUACAAUGCUGACAGAUAUCAAGUGGAUCUUACGCCCUACCCCACAAUAAGACGAAUCAACAAAGCUCUUCUGGAGUUAGAAGCAUUCCAGACAAGCCACCCAUCUCGGCAGCCAGAUACCCCUGCAGACCUAAAAGCCUGAAGUUGCUGGUUUUUAUUAUAGGGAAAUUUCAGCAAAGUUUGAAUAGACUCAUCCUGCAGAAUAUUUUAAGAAAGCUUUUUUAAAAUCAUUUAAAGAAAUGAGAUUGGGGGAGGGGGAGAUGCAAGGAAAAAUGACCUUGAUUAUGUUUGAAAUUUUUAAAUGCCAUUAUUUUUUAAAGAAAAUUAAAAUGUUUUGAAUAUGCUGUGCUGCUGAUAGCAAAUUGUGCUUUUGAACAGAUAGUCUUUCAUGCUGCAUGUCAAGACACUGUGCAAGUAUGGAGUUUUUCACCAAUUUUCUAUUAUCCAUUCAAUGAUAUUUUGCCUAAUUUCUAUUUAUUCUGACAGAGGUCCUCUUGAAUCAUCUUGUUGUAAAAUGUCUACCAAUGCCCCAUUAGCAUGAAUGUAUUAACGUGUGUGCAAGAGAGACAGCAUGAACUGAAACCAUAAGGGAUGUUUUUCUCUUGAAGGGCCAAACUUCAGAGGGCUGAAUGUUUAGUCUAGUCUCAUUAUUAUUAAAAUAGGGGAUAUGGUAAAAUAUUUAUGAGAGCGUCAAAGAAGAAUGAAACUUAUUCUCCAUCGCACUCACAUCCACAGCUGGACUCUUCUCCUAUUUUGCAGCAUAAAUACAAGAAAGCUAAAACCCAUCAGAUAUGGCACCUUAAGGAAAGAACAGGUGGAUUGAAAUGAUAAUUACAUAUGACAUUAAAAUUCCAUAUUGCUCUCAUAGGAUCUAGCCGUUUAAAAGCUGGCAUGUGAACUACUUUACAUUUUCCCUCUCCCAUUUGCCUCUGUUUCAGCUUGUUUUUAAAGAAUCACUGCUUUCCACAGUAAAUGUUGCUGCCUAUUACCAUUCAA